UCCGCCGCCGGCUGGGUGCCGCUCGCGGGCUGCGCUGCAGGUGGCGGCGGGAGAAGCAGGAAGCGGGCCUGCCCGGGGAGUAGGAUGGCGGCCGAGGACUCGGGGAACAUCUGCUACUGUGCGCGGUUCUCCUACCUCUGCCUCAAGUUCACCCUCAUCACCUACUCCACGCUCUUCUGGUUGAUAGGAGCACUUGUUCUUGCUAGUGGAAUUUAUGCAGAAGUUGAAAGACAGAAAUAUAAAACUCUUGAAAGUGCCUUUCUAGCCCCAGCAAUUAUUUUAAUACUCUUGGGCAUUGUAAUGUUUCUUGUAUCAUUUGUGGGUGUACUGGCUUCUUUAAGAGACAAUAUAUACCUUCUUCAAGCAUUUAUGUACAUCCUUGGUAUUUGUCUCCUCAUUGAACUGGUUGGUGGAGUUGUGGCACUGAUCUUCAGAAAUAAGACAAUUGACUUUCUAAAUGAUAAUAUCCGAAGAGGAAUUAAGAAUUAUUAUGAUGAUCUGGACUUCAAAAACAUAAUGGAUUUUGUUCAAAAGCAGUUUAAGUGUUGUGGUGGGGAAGAUUUUAAAGACUGGUCACAGAAUAUGUACCAUGAGUGUUCUGCACCAGGGCCAUUAGCCUGUGGAGUGCCCUAUACUUGUUGUAUUACAAACAAGACAGACAUUAUGAACACUAUGUGUGGAUAUAAAACAAUUGACAGAGAGCACUUGAGCGUUCGAGACAUUAUAUAUGUCCGAGGAUGCACAAAUGCAGUACUCCUUUGGUUCUUAGACAACUACAGCAUCAUGGCUGGUGCCAUGCUUGGCAUAUUGUUACCCCAGUUCCUUGGAGUGUUGUUAACUUUACUUUACAUAACUCGUGUAGAGAAUAUCAUUGCUGAACACAAACUUAAUGAGGAGCGUUUACAGGAAAUACAGCCGAAAUCAGAAACUGAAUUUGCAAGCACAGGUUGCUGUUUGUGUUAUCCUGAGUAAUGUAGCUGCCAUGCAAGACCUCAAGUGCUGUUUAAAAAAACCAAAUCUUGUGUUGUGGCUUGUAUGUAUUUCUGCAGAUCUUAAAGAUCUUGAGCCUAAUUAAUCUGUAAACCUCUUUGAUUUUUUUUAAAAAAAAAUGUACUUCAAAUCAGAAACUUAACUCUCUCCACCAUGCGUUCUUAACUGCUUUUCCUGUGUAUUUCAGCUUGAGCAUGCUUUGAAUUUUUAAAGGAUCUCUCAGGCUGUGCAUUCUGAGGAAUUUCAUACCCUGGAGAGUGCUAAAUCUCAUGAGAAUUAAAACUUGGGUCAGGUAAUCCAGUGUAUUUUAAAGGAAUGUGGGUUCUGCAAAGCAGAAGCAUUGCCACCAUAUUAUAGCUUAGUUCAAACAUUUAUUUUGGUGCUUUCCCCAACUCUGCUGCCCCAGGUCGCUGUUUGCCUCUAACACAGGCCCUGUAUCUCCCAUCCUGUCCUCAUUUAAGGCAGCAAAUGGCCUCCAAGGCUGACACAGGCCAGCUGUGGAUUUAUAGAUUCAUAGAUUCUAGGACUGGAA